CACCCCGAAAGUCUUUUCUCUCCGGCAUCUCCCUAAGCCUCAGUCGCGAGCGCUAACUUUCGUAGCAGGAAGAGGGGUGGCCCGACGUGCGACAUGCAAGCCGGGAAGCCCAUCCUCUACUCCUAUUUCCGAAGCUCCUGCUCAUGGAGAGUUCGAAUUGCCCUGGCCUUGAAAGGCAUCAACUAUGAGACAGUACCCAUCAAUCUCAUAAAGGAUGGGGGACAACAGUUUUCUGAGGAAUUUGAGGCACUGAAUCCCAUGAAGCAGGUGCCAGCCCUGAAGAUUGAUGGAAUCAUCAUUAGCCAGUCACUGGCCAUCAUUGAAUACCUGGAGGAAACUCGGCCCACUCCACGUCUCCUGCCUCAGGACCCAAAGAAGAAGGCAAGUGUGCGCAUGAUUUCUGACCUCAUCAGUAGUGGCAUCCAGCCCUUACAGAACCUGUCUGUCCUGAAGCAGAUGGGAGAUAACCCACAACCCUGGGCCCAGAAGGUCAUCAUUUCUGGCUUUGAUGCUCUGGAGAAGAUUCUGCAGAGCACAGCGGGGAAGUACUGUGUUGGAGAUGAGGUGUCCAUGGCUGAUCUGUGCUUAGUGCCCCAGGUGGCCAAUGCUAAAAGGUUCAAUGUGGACCUCACUCCCUACCCUACCAUCAACCAUAUCAACAAGACACUGCUGGCUUUGGAGGCCUUCCAAGUGUCUCACCCCUCUCGGCAGCCGGACACACCUACCGAACUGAGGGCCUAGCUCCCACCCUCUGCCCCACUGAUAAAGGGAUAGAGAGUGGCUCAUGACAGAUACUGGGUGGGCUGAACAGGUCUGGAAACCAGUGAGUCCUAACUGGGGAGACAGGAGACUUGAAGUCUAACUCUGGAUCUGCUUUCUCCCUGAACUACAUCUUCCCUUAGUACUCUCAUCAGUUGCAUGUCAGGAAGAGGGUGGGCAGAAAUGUUAGUUAUGUACAUCACAGCAAAGAACGUGAAAAUGAUGUGAGAACAUCAUUAGAUUACAAUGCCUGGCAGAAUUGACCAAAGUACCUUAAGAGACCUUGCCCUCUUCUUACUGAAUCUGACUCCAGAAAAUGUUUCACACUAGAAUUUGGUCUGAAGCUGAAAGUCAGACCUCCAGCUUGUUAUUAUUUAGCUAGGUUUCAGAAGAUAAUCCUUCCCUUCCAGCUGGGAUUUGUAGCUGGAAUCCUCAUGUCAGGACUCAGUAGAGAAAGUCAUUCAGCAACUUGUCCAUCUUAUAGCAGGCCUGGCUACUAGACAGAAAUAACUCUGAAGCCUGCCUGAGAAAAUCAGAAGGAUCCAGGAAGGAAACAGAAAGCAGGAAAGAAGGCAUCCACUGACUAGCUGAGAUCCUAGGACUAGGAAUAGUACUGUUUGUUGCUAAGUUUUCCCCUCUAACAUUCAAGCAAGUUGGCCCUCUCAACCCAGGCCUUUAUUUUCAGGGACAGCAUUCUCUCUAUCAGUCCCAAUAUUGGACACUUUGGAUAAAUCUAGUCAUGAAUAAUUAUACUUCCCCCCAUAGGUAUUUUGAACACUUAUUGAACAACAGACAAUGAUUUAUAAUGUAUUACUCUGAGGUAGGGAGGGGAAGAAGGGUAGGGGUCAAACCUUCAUGCUUGGCAGUGCUCAAGCAGAGCCCAAGCCAUCCCUUUGUUGUGGGGAGAUUGAGUUAGCUUCUGGGGGUGAAAUAAAAUGUUAUAUGACCCACA